CUCGAAGUUCGUAGUGCGGAAGAGAGCUGGAGCGACCACCAAGGAAGGAAGACUGCCAUGAGCUGCGAACACUACAAGCGCGGCUGCCACCUUUUCGCCGAGUGCUGUAACCAGUGGUUCCCUUGCCGCGUGUGCCACAACGAGGCACAGGACGGGCACGAGAUGGAUCGCCACGCUGUGACGCGCGUGCGUUGCCGCAAGUGCUUUACGGAGCAGCCGCCGCAGCAGACGUGCUCCAAGUGUUCCUUCGUGCUUGGCACAUACUUUUGCAGCGUUUGCAACCUCUUUGACAACGAGGGCGACGAGAAACGUAUCUUCCACUGCAGCGACUGCGGCAUCUGCCGUGUUGGUGGGCGCGACAAGUUCUUUCACUGCAUGACGUGCGGCGGCUGCUACGCCCAGGAUCGCCGGGACAAGCACGUAUGCAUCAACCAAGCAAUGCGCCAGGAAUGCUGCAUUUGCUACGAGAGCUUGUUCGAAGCGCGGGAAUGCCCCUCUGUGCUUCCAUGUGGCCACGUUCUUCACGGCGCCUGCUACGACGAGAUGACCAAGUACCACAUUGCUUGUCCGCUCUGUCGCAAGUCGCUGCUCUCGGAGCGUGCCCAGCGGCGCCUGGAGCGACUUAUGCGACGCGAAGCUGCCGAAGAUGAGUCUGAGGCCGGCAACGAAGGUGGCGAGGACGACAGAAACAGCCAAGAGGGCCCUAUCGUGGUUUUUUCCGACGACGAUGACGGCAGUAGCGUCUCUGGCUCGAGUGACGUGGACGACUCGGACAUGGCGGUUGACGAUGACGAUAGCGAAAUGGACGACGGCGACGAGAGCGUCGACGACGUGAUCGCCGACCACCAAGUAGGUGGCGCCUGAUAGCCAAAUUAGGAAAGAGCACUAGGGUUCAUCCUGCAUUCGA